UUUUUACGAGCUCCUUUUCCCCAUUUCAUGAAAAAAGAGUGCGGCGCAUUCUCAAGAACUCCCUGAGCUUUGCAAUGGUCUCGCUGCUGCACUCGCAGGAAACCGUGCUAUAAAGGUUAAAUAUUCCACCUUCCUAUCUCUCUCUGCUACUACCAUGGACCUUCUCCUUCCCAUUUCAGUGCGACUCUCUGCAUUUUCACGCGGUUCACUGUGCGCUCUUUCUCCGACAAAUCCCUUCAAUUCUUGCUCUUUUCCACACCAGAGAAUUAGAAUCAAGUUGAAAUGCAGCCCCGAGCCUACGCGAGCGGAAACGAACUCGAUUUUCGACAGCAGAGACAGUAACAAUUAUGAAGGGAAUCGUGAAAAUGAUAUGCAGGGAGAAGGGUUAAAAAAUGUGUGGGAAGAGACUGAGUUUGUGGAGGUAUUUGGGAUUGGCAGCAGGAAAGACGCUCUGCUUGACUUCUGCUUGGCUUCACCUUCUAUUUCCCCCGCUUUAAGAUUUUGGAAUAUUCUCAUGAAAGACUCAGAAAAGGUGCUAUUACAAGAGAAAUUGCCUACAGAAGAACAGUUUCCAAAGUGGUUUAUGCAAGUCUUGCCUCAAAGUUUUGGGUUGGACGCUCAAGGUCUUCCACAUGAUGUUUCUUCAAGAAUUGUGGAAGUUCCAUCAGCGAUAAAUUCAUGUCCCAAAGCAGUUAUACUUGUGGCUAGUGCGGCUUAUGGCACUGAUCAUGUCCCAGCACUUGAUAUUAUAAGAAGAUUAAAGUCCAGAAAUGGACUAGUUAUUGGCAUCAUUUUGAAGCCUUUCAGCUUUGAAGGACGAAGGCGCUAUGAUGAGGUCACGGAUUUGAUUGACAAACUUCAAAGGCAUGCAACUGUCUGUAUAGUUAUUGACACUGAUGGUCUCCUCAAGAAAGAUCUAUUAACUCUGGAUGAGGCUUUGAAGACUUCAUAUAAUGCUGUGCUGAUGGCUGUUAAUGCCAUUCCAAUUCUCAUGUCUGACGACCACAUAAAGCUUCUAGAUGUGAUAGAUGGCGGUACUAAGGAACUGAGUGGUCCAGAGCUAAUAAAAAUUCUUGAAAGUUACAAAGAGGCCAAGACUGGAUUUGGAUCUGGCUACAAUAUUGAAACUUCAAUUCUGCGAGCUGUGUAUGACUGCCCCUUCCUUGGUCUGGGAGUAAAGGGCUCAAAUGGUGUGAUUAUAUGCAUUAUUGCAAGUUCAGGUGCUGUAAACUCCAGCAAUGUGCAUAGCAUCUUGCACACGUUUCGUCAAACUACCGGAUGCAAUGGAGACAUUGUGAUUUCCAUUGUCCAGGAACCCAAUAUGGAGGCAAAUUUAAUAGUAACUACUUUAGUUACGUGUGGGUACGCUGAACAGGAAUCUUCCCAAAAAAGUAACUUAUUCUCUAGACUGGCACAACAUCUUCCUUUCAUUUUUAAUAUCCUUAAGAAGCCAGAUCCACCACUUCAAACUGCUAAAGAAAGCAAAAUCGAUGAGAGUCCAGUAAUUUCUGAUAUGGCAGAAUUUAUUUCUGUGGAUAAUGCGCGUAAGGAUGAGUCAGUCUAUGCUGGGGAACUGCAGACAUUAUUUCGCACUGAUAGUGAAGGAGCAUCUUCUUUGAGAGAUUAUGAUAAUGUUUCUGAUGAAAGGAAGAUUGAACUGUCAAACUUUGACCCUUAUUCAUCCACGGAUGAUGUUGGUACUGAAGAACCUCUUGUUUUUAAAAGAGAGCUGCUCACCAGAUGGAAUCUGAGGCCAGGAAAUGACACUUCAGUAGGAUUGGCUACAGAAGGGACCGAGAAUAUAGAAGCCAAUGACAUGGUUGACAAUACCAGCACCUACAAACUUCCGGUUGGUGUAAAGCAGAAAGAACAGUUGCAAACUAGUCCAGGUUCCUCAAACUCAAGAACUUAUACGGGGAGGAAAUCUGAAGAAAGCAAAAUCGCUCAGUCUAGAGAUAUUUCAAGUCUAUCUCAGGAUGCAGUGGAUGAAGAAUACAGCGAAAUUAUGGCAGAUGUUUACAACUCUAACCCUUCCUUGACUGAAAGAAACUAUGCCAGUGUUCCAAAAAAGAAAGGAGUUCUCUCUUCUCGGGCGGCCUCUAUGCUGGUUUUAAGUUGUGCUAUCAUCAUACUCAGGAAGCCGAGCGAGAUUCAAAAAAGAAGUGGAUUCCUAUAGUUGAAAUGAAAUACAGGGGAGGUAUAUACAGAGGUCGGAUUGAAGGAGGACUUCCCGAAGGAAAGGUACUUUGAUUUAGCUGUUGAGAUUCAGAAGACCUGUUUGCUGUGCUACUUCUUUAAAUUUUUUAUUCAGCCUCAAAAAGAAGAAGCUGUUAACUAUUGGAGUGUCAAAAGGAUUUCAACAACAACAACAACAACGACCCAGUAUAAUCCCACAAGU